CUUAAUGGUGCGCCAUUUUGAAUCUCUACGUAAACAAAGUGUCACAAAGCGAAAACCCGAAUGAAAUAGAUAGAGCCAUAUGUCUGAGAGAACGAGACGGCGCAAAGCACCAUCCAGCACCAAUGACCAGGACAAAAAAAGAAAUGCUUCACCAGUUAAAAAGCUGAAAUUGGAUUCAAAUGGUAAAAUACCAACUAAUGCUUCACCCAGUCUUAAACCAGUAGCAUGGGAAAGAGAGUCUGAUAAGUCAACAUGGACAAAGUUUUCUGCUAAUCAGGUUGAGGUUAUCAGUGAAGCCUUUAAAGCUGGAAAACCAGAUGUGGAUAUCAAAGAUGGCAAGUCUGAGAUCACAGUUAUAUUUGAGAGGAUGGUGCAGAGGAAUAAGAAAACUGGAUGGGAAAAAAGGAUUAGAUGCACUUUGGUGGAUGGAAGUGUAGAUCCAGAUGAAUAUACUUGGGAAUAUGAGGAUGCCAAAGGAAAUUGGACAGAAUACUCUAAGCCUAUUGUUUACCUUUUUGAGGCAGCAUACAUGGUAGGGUUAUCCAGCAUCAAGUUCAAAGAUGAUAAAAAAGAACUUAUUCUUGAUUUAGCAAAGAAAGUUCAAACAACUAAAACUGGAAGGGGAGUGAAGAAUGUACAUCGAAUCAAGGCCACUGAUGCUAUCUCAAAGACCCAACCUAAAGCAGUGACAGCAGAUAAGAGUGCUGCAAAGGCAAACAAGAAAGUGAAAAAAGAAGCUGAAGCUGAAAAUGGUGAUGUGAAGUCAUUUGUGUUCAGUGGAAAGGCUCCAGUGGACAGUUUCUGCACAAUUAAAGACAGCACUCAUGUGUUUACAGAAGGAGAUGACAUUUGGGAUGUAAUGCUGAACCAGACAAAUGUCAUGAACAACAACAACAAGUACUAUCUCAUUCAAUUACUGGAGGAUAACCAAGCAAAGAAGUAUUAUGUCUGGCAAAGAUGGGGAAGAGUGGGAUUCAAUGGUCAAAACAACUUAGUUACCUGUGGGCCAGAUCUUGAGGGGGCUAAAAGAGUGUUCACUAAAAAAUUCACAGACAAGACCAAAAAUGAUUGGGAGGACAGACAUAACUUUCAAAAAGUCCCAGGGAAGUAUGAUCUUCUGAUCAUGGAUUACAAUGCUGACAAGGAGGAAAAAGAUCAAGUUGAUGCACCUGUAAAAGAAGAAAAACCUACUUUAGAAAGCAAACUGGACAAGAGAAUCCAGAACUUGGUAGAACUGAUCUGCAAUGUACAGGCAAUGGAAGAAAUGUUGAAGGAGAUGAAGUAUGACACCAGAAAGGCACCUCUUGGAAAGCUUACCACAGACCAGAUUAAAGCUGGUUAUGAAGCCCUGAAGAGGAUUGAUACUUGCAUAAGAAACAGUGACUUUGGCUCUAAACUGGUGAAAGCAUGUGAUGAGUUCUACACAAGAAUUCCUCACUGUUUUGGGAUGAAAAGACCACCUCUCCUUAGAACAACAGAGGAUGUCAAGAUCAAACUGGAUUUGUUAGAGGCCUUAGGAGACAUUCAAAUUGCUGUCAAGGCCUUGCAAGAAGAAGAGGAAUCCCUUGAACAUCCCAUUGACAAGCAUUACAAAACACUUCAUUGUGCUUUGAAGCCCCUUGAUCAUGAGCAUAAUGAUUUUAAGAUGAUAUCUAAAUAUCUAAAGAAUACUCAUGCUUCUACUCAUAAUCAGUAUGACAUGGAACUACUGGAUGUGUUUGCACUGGAGCAUGAAAAGAAAGAUUUCACUGAUGUGGGUAACAGGAUGCUUCUCUGGCAUGGAUCUCGUUUAACAAACUGGGUUGGCAUUUUAAGUCAAGGAUUGAGGAUAGCUCCGCCAGAGGCUCCAGUGACAGGGUACAUGUUUGGUAAGGGUAUCUAUUUCGCCGACAUGUCAUCCAAAAGUGCAAAUUACUGCUUUGCAACAAGAUCGAAGAAUGUUGGCAUUCUUUUACUCAGUGAGGUAUCCCUGGGGAAGAGUAACGAACUCUUGGCUGCAGAUUAUACCGCUGACAAACUGCCAUCUGACUGUCAAAGUGUGAAAGGUAUGGGUCGGAUAGGUCCCGAUCCGAAUGACACCUACACAAUGCCAGACGGGGUCACUGUCCCUUUUGGUAAAACUACUGAGACUGGUGUUGUAAACCCACGUGGAUACACGCUGAACUAUAACGGUACCUGGACAUUAUGUUAUCUUUACUUUUGUUCCGAAAACAAUAGAAGUGAUGGGACACGCCCGCUGAAACAUUUUUAA